AUGUUUGCGAGAUUAAACAUGCUCGCCAAGGGCGUAAGUGGCAAGUUAUGGACAAAAGGGAAGGUUCACAGCAGGUUCACUGGCAAUAGAAGCUAUGCUACAUACAAACGGUUUAACAAUAAUUCAUCCACUGAUUUUACCAAACUUUUGCUAGAUGAGAGUGGUCGGAAAUAUCUUGCUGUAACAUUUGGUCUUGGUGGAUUAUUUUAUGUGACUCAUCUGGAGAAAGCACCGCUCAGCGAAAGAAACAGAUUUAUAUGGGUUCCAAUUGGAAUUGAACGCCAAAUUGGUAAUUACUCUUAUAAAUCGAUUUUAAAUCAAACCAAGGGUGCUAUACUACCAGAGAAUCAUCCAUUGACUUUACGAGUUGACAAGAUAUUUAGAAAAAUUGUACAGGCAGCCAUGCAUCAACCAGGAGUAGAUCAGAAGCAAAUAGAAAAUAUUCAGUGGAAAAUACAUAUUGUAAAUGAUCCAAGAGCACCUCCAAAUGCAUUUGUUUUACCUAAUGGCAAAGUUUUUGUCUUUUCAUCAAUGCUUAAUAUAUGCCAAAAUGAUGACGGUAUUGCCACUGUUUUAUCACAUGAAUUUGCACAUCAAUUGGCAAGACAUACCGCCGAAAAUUUAUCAAAAGCACCUCUGUAUUCUCUUCUUGGCAUUAUAUUGUACACGGUAACUGGAGCAGAGGGAAUAAACCGACUACUAUUGGAUGGUAUACUACGGAUGCCAGCUUCUAGACAAAUGGAGACCGAGGCUGAUUAUAUUGGUUUGAUGCUGAUGUCUAGAGCCUGCUUCCAACCUAAUGAAUCUGUAAGACUAUGGGAGAGAAUGACUCAAUUUGAGAAAAGAACUAUGAAUGGCGCCAAUUUUGAAUUCCUAAGUACACACCCUGCCAGUAGCAGAAGAAUUGAAAACAUGCAAAAGUGGCUUCCUCAAGCUAGACAAAUAUAUGAACAGUCUGAAUGCGGAAUGUUUACUGGCUUCCAAAAUUCAAUAUUCAAUACCGCAGAGAGUUUUUCAAACAGCAUAUGGCAUUAA